AUGUAUUGUCAAAAGCAUCUUAUCGCUCUGCUUUACGCUUUCAUUGGGCCCUUUGUCAACGACACAGAAAGUCUAGGACUAUCGCCAGAGAAGUCCCUUAGCAAUCAAACCUACGAGCUCGAAUAUUGCAAUCGGGCACUGGUUAGCUUUAGUGGGCUCAACUACUCGGACGCUGAAGUCGACAAACUAGGAUAUGCGGUUUCCCUGGGUCGGCGACUAUGUUGGACUGACCCAGGAGCAAUACCUGGUCGAAAUAUCUCAAUACACUCAAGAAGCUCGGAAGACGAAAUCCAAUCAGUUCUGAAUCUGACGGUGACCCUGACGAUCUCAGUGGGACAAGAAGCGAGCAUGCACCUAUUGAAGCGGUUAUUGACGCGACCUCAUGACAGCCCAGAAGCUCUCAUAAAGCUCGGCGAAACUAUAGUACUCGACUCUCGCCUGGAGCACAGCGAUCCGCAGUGGGAACGACGCAGCAAGACCUGGAACGGUCAACCGGAGGCAGCAUCUCAACGUGGAGAGGUACGAACUGAGCCACCAAUAUCAGAAAAUACCCUUGGCUUCGGCAGCGGCUCAGAUGGCCGUGUUCGCCCUCAUGAUAAUAAUGACCCCGUCCGGAAAAAUCCCCACAGUCGUCGCAGUAUAUGUGUGGACACUUUUUGCGAAGGGUUUGACCUGAAGAAGACCUGUGCACCAGAGGGUAAAACUCCGGCUGAAGGGGAGAUCUGUGCAGUAUGUUAUCCAGAAAGAAACCUUGCAGUCAUUGAGAGACACUGCUCGAAGCAGGAGGUUAGUGGACGCCAAGCCUUCUACAGUGUUUGUGUGUUGCUCGGCUGCUUUGUUGUGGUAGCUGUUCUUCUGUAUCUGCUGCGCAGCUUCUGCAGAGGAGUGCAGAGGCGAUACCGGAUAUUUCGGGUUCUAUGUAGUGCCCAGACUUGUCGAAGUCCUGCCACGAAUCCGAUGUCUUCCUCAGUCUUCCACGUCGACUCUCUACCGUCUCUCUUUCCUGGAUUUUCCUCACCGACCAAGCUAGAAGUAUUGCAGAGGGAAAACGAGACUGGAGCGGAUGAUGCCAGUGAUCCCACGUCGUCUUUCUUUACAUGGAAACAGAAAUGGCGUCAGCUCGGCGCGUUUCGAGGAGACUUUCGCGGAAGAAUCCAAGAUAUCUUCGACAUAGAGUCACUCGAUACGGAACAUGCAAAAGGCGUCCAAUCCGCUCAUAAAAUUCCAGUUCUCCCUCGAGCGCCCAAUGCAAGUAUCCGAAGGUACUGUAAAGAGGUAAAGUCCAAGACACCACCGGAUUUCUUCAGUGGCGACGGGACCGAAAUCAGGAACAAUGGGUCAGUCGUCUCUCAUCCCACAAGUCUUUGUCAGAAAGUCACAGGAGGUUGA